AUGUUCCCCAAGAUUUACAACAUGUACCUUUGUACGUUUGUUGCAUGUAUAUCUGGGUUCAUGUACGGGUUUGAUGUUGUUUCAUUAACCACCAUGGUAGAUACAAAUUCAUAUGGUAAAUAUUUCGAUCACCCGGAUUCAACCGGGGAAGGUGGUAUUACAGCAUCUAUUGCUGGUGGAUCAGCGUUUGGGGCACUGGCGUCACCGUAUUUUUCCGAUACUUUUGGUAGAAAAUUUUCAUUACAUCUGUGCUCAUUUUUUUGGAUCAUUGGAUCUGUAUUACAAUGUGCUGCACAAAACCUGCCGAUGUUAAUUAUUGGUAGAAUCAUAUCUGGGUUUGGUAUUGGAUUUGGUGUUGCAGCGGCACCGAUGUAUUCUGCCGAAUUAUCACCUCCCAAUAUGAGAGGAACAAUUGUAGGGAUGUUUCAAGUCUCUGUGACGUUGGGUAUUUUAAUACUUUUUUUCAUUGGUUACGGAUGUCAUUCUAUUGAAAGUACUGCUGCGUUUCGAAUUGUUUGGGGUAUUCAAUUGGUACCCGGGGUUAUAAGUGCAUGUUUAAUUUUUUUCAUACCUGAAUCACCACGAUGGUUGGCAAGUCAUAAGAGAUGGAAUGAUGCAACGAAUGUUAUUAUGAAAUUGAGUCUGACUCAUUCAUUAUCUGAAGAACAAACGAAUUUACAAUUGAACGAAUUGAAAGAUUACAUCUUGGGAGACCGAUACGGGGCAGUAUUUGCAUAUCGAGAUUUAUUUAAAAGAAAAUCGUUAAUGAAAACGAUUGUGGGGAUGUCAGCACAGACGUGGCAAGCGUUUUGUGGGAUCAAUGUGAUGAUGUAUUAUGUUGUUUAUAUUUUCCAAAUGGCCGGGUAUCAAGGGUCCUCGAUCUUGGUAUCUUCCUCUAUUGAAUAUAUUUUAAAUUUCGCCAUGACAUUUUGCUCGUUAUUUAUAUUUGACAAGAUUGGUCGAAGAAAGUUAUUUCUAACUGGAGGUGUAUUCAUGUGUUGUUUUUUGUUUAUUGAGACGGGAUUAUUGGCAGGAUAUUCGAAACCACUGCCUUAUGGAUACAAUGGUCAUGAUACGGUGAGGAUAUAUAUACCGAAUUCGGAACGGCCUGCCGCACAUGCUGCGAUUGCUUGUGCGUAUCUGUUUGUAUGUGCGUUUGCACCCACCUGGGGUGUUGGAGUGUGGAUCUACUACAGUGAGAUCUUUAACAACACGGAAAGAGCCAAGGGCACUGCGUUGUCAGUUUCGUGUAAUUUCUUUGCGAAUUUCGCCCUGGCGUUGUUUACUCCUGCGAGUUUCCGUAAUAUCAAUUGGAGGACGUAUAUUAUCUUUGGGGUGUUUUCGUUUGUAUUGACGGUACAUACCUUUUUAAUGUUUCCGGAGACUAAUAGGAAAUCAUUAGAAGAGAUUGAUUUGAUGUGGGAUGCACACAUUCCAGCAUGGAGGACAUCGAAAUGGAAACCUGAUAAGAAUAAAUUGGUUUCGAUCAAGUCUAAUAUGUUGAGUGACGGAACACAAGAGGAAGAGCAAGAAGGUGAUGAAUAUGAGGAGGAUGAGUAUGGGUUCAAGCAUUUGGAUUAUCCGUACGAACCCGAGGAGAUAGAUAAUCUGACAACGACUACGAAUUUGAACAGUAACAAUUAUGGCAACAUGAUUGGGUUGGAUCGAGCCAGUACGAUUGAGCCGUCGAUCGAGAGAUUUACGUCGAGAUCGACGAUCAACAACACCAACACGGGGAUGCAAUUGUUUCCGUUUCCGAUGCCGGAGUCCAAGACGAAAGUUCUUUUCAAGACUCCGACAAAUAAUGCGAGUGAAUUGAUCACUAUCCAAGAAUCGAUGAUGGAGCCGCCGUUGAGUCGGAACAUGACGCUGAGUCCGAUUUCCUCGGGCGAAGAAGAGGAGGGCCAGGGCCAGGGCCAGGGCCAGGGCCAAGAGCAAGGACAAGGACAAGGACAAGAACAAGGACAACAACAAGAAGAAGAUAUAGUGGCCCAGCACGAACGGAUCUUGUACGAUCAAAGCGUGGCACGCCAUCAUGAGAAUAUCAACACCAAUACACAACUGAUGAACAAUAUCAACAUGCUGAUGAGUUUGCAAGAAGAGCCUGUGGAGGAAGGAUUUGAAGAACAAUUGGAUGGGCGGCUAGAGGGGCUUGCGAAUUCGCAAGCCAACGAGGAAAUCUUGUAUCCGAACCCUGUGGCGGAAGACGAAACAGAAGACAAUACGGUGGGCGAAGAUCUUUCGUUGGUCAAUCCUGUUGAAUUGCAAAACAGCAAUUGCGACAUGUCGAGUGAUGACGAAUCCGUCCAUAUGGACCACAACACUUCUUUCCCCGUGACGCCGAUUCAAAGCAUCAACGACAGUGUAUACGAGAAUUCGCCUCACAAGAGCGUGUGCACGUUUUCCAAUCCCAUAUACGAGAGUAUUGAAGAUAUCUUGAAUUCUUCCCGAGCUAUCGGAACUGGCAAAAGUAACGAUACUCCCUUCCAUGACCAUGCGUUUGCCGAAGACCCCAUGUUCAACAAUCCGAUUUACAAUUCGUUCUCGAUAUCUAACAAACUUCGUUCUUCUACGAUAGGACCAGGUGACACGCCAGAUUCCCACGAUUACUUGCUGGGUCUUUCCCAAACCCGUUCCAGCUCUAGCCAUUCUGUCUUGGAGUUUACCGAUGAUGAAAAAGAAGAUAGUCCUGAUAAGCAUAUACCGAACAUUACAGCCACUACUACAGCCACUGCUACCACCACUGGCAACACCACCACUGGCAACACCACCACCACCAUUCAAUCUGAUAACCACGACGAUAGUGACGUCGACCAUCGCUCGUUCGAUUCCCAAGAGGCGCUUGCACAUUCGGUAAUGACACAAUCUGGCCAGAUCCCUGGCAAUUUCUCCACACCAUCGAUUGCCAAUCGCCGCCAGCGGCCGUACAGUGACAUCAGCGACGACUGUCUGUUUCCCAAUCCGGUGCACAGCAACGAGCCCUAG